CAGAAAAUACCGAAGUCUUUUAAACAAGAAUGGAAAAGGAGUUUCCAGGAUGGUUGCAAAGGAGUUUGAAUAGGAACCGUCUUUUUCAGUUCGGCAACACUGCCCAGGAUGAACGAUUUUUGAUGUUUCUGCCAUGACAGGAUUGACAGUUAUAGAACUAUGGCGAUUGUCAGCUAGCAAAAUGUCAUCGAAUAUUUGAAGCGAAAUUAUAGCAUUUGCAUCAACCACCACCAAAAAAUAAUGAAUUUAUUCAGUGAUUCCUGAUCAGCGACCCUUAAACAACUUGAUAAAAUGGUUACUGAAGAAUUUAUCAAAUCUGAAUAUCCCCUGCAUUGGUGUGUCUGGAAAAAUGAUUACAAGACCCUUGCUGGUCUGUUAGCGAAAAAAGAGCAUGAUAUUGAGAGGAAGGACAACCGUGGCCGAACCCCCCUAAUGUUAGCCGUCACUUUGGGGCAUUUGGAAUCUGUUAGAACAUUGUUAAAUGCUGAAGCCAACGUGAAUUGUGAAAAUCUAAAUGGAUGGACAGGUAUAAUUGGAUUACUGAAAACCUUGGACAUGUUCAAGAUUCUGCUUUUAAUCUUAUUUAAACUUGGGAUACUUCUUAUUGAUUUAUUGUUAUAAUACGAUUUUUGUAAAGAUGAAAUCACUACAAAAUGCCUAUUAUACUUUUCUAAGUUGUGCUUUUCUCAAAAUACAUAACGAAAAGAACCCCAUUUCUGCAAAGACUAUCAGAUUAGUAGUAGUUUUAAAAGUAAGUACAUAGAAAAGUGGUACAAGAAGCAGUUGCAACAGGGGAUCCUGAACUAUUACACAUGGUGCUGGAAAGACGUGAUUAUCAAAGAUAUACUAGCAGAAUGGCAGGCAUACCUGGACUUUUGCAGAGACUUAAAGAAGCUCCAGAUUUUUAUGUGGAAAUGAAGUGGGAGUUCACUAGUUGGGUCCCUCUGGUAUCAAGAAUGUGUCCAAGUGACACAUAUAAGGUGUAUAAGCAGGGAUCCAAUGUACGGAUAGACACUACUUUGUUAGGAUUCGACCACACUAGUUGGCAGAGAGGGAAUCGAAGCUAUGUUUUCCAAGGACAUAAUGAUGGUGCUACUAUGAUGGAGAUUGACCAUGAUCUCCAACAAGUUUACUGUGAGCAAAUGAGAACCACAGAUGAUGCUUUGGGUAUAUUAAUACCGAACGAGGAAUCUGUUUCGCAAAGACUGACCACUCCCAUCGUUACGACUUACAUUGAUACAGAAAAAAUUAGCUUUGAAAGAAACAAAGCUGGAAUGUGGGGCUGGAGGUCAGACAAAACAGAAGCUGUGAAUGGAUAUGACUGCAAAGUUUUCAGUGCUACCAAUGUUGAGCUUGUAACAAAAACAAGAACUGAGCAUCUGACGGAUACAGAUAAAGCGCGCAGUAAAAAUAACAAACAUCCGUUACACAAUUUUUUGGGCAUAGCUGAAGUUGGAGAGAACCCAGUGCCAGCCAUAACUCCAAAUGAAGAAUAUUCCAAUUCGAGUAACCCAUGCAAUAUAACUCCUGAGGAGUAUUUUGAUAAAAACAUCGACUUGGAUGCACAGGGUAGAGACAUUGGUCGACCAAAAGAAGUGAACGUCAAAGUUCAAAAAUUCAAAGCAAACCUAUGGCUGUGUGAAAACUACCCACUCUCCCUUCCAGAACAGAUAUUGCCAAUCGUUGAUUUGAUGGCUAUAUCCAGCUCCCACUUUGCCAAAUUGAAAGACUUCAUACAGAUGCAGCUUCCUUCUGGUUUUCCUGUUAAAAUAGAAAUCCCACUGUUCCACGUACUAAACGCGCGCAUAACAUUCGGCAACAUUUUCGCAAUGGAUGCGGAGGUGCCGCAUGUAACCAAAAUCCAAGAAGAUGAUCGCUUGACGUGCGUCUUGGACGAGAGCCUCUUCAGGUGCCCAGCCAGUUACACUCAGAUUGGUAAUGCGGGUGCAGAUGGGAGGAGGCAGUUCAGUAUGGAAGAAGAGGAUGACCUGCUGCAGUUUGCGAUACAGCAAAGCCUCAUUGAAUCGGGAACUGAGAAGGAAGAGGUCGAUAUUUGGGAAGCUUUGAAAGCUCAAAAACCUUCCAGGCCAGAGACACCGAAUUUAUUGGGUGAAGAGGAACGACAGUUGCAAAGAGCGAUCCAAGCGAGCUUAGAGCUUUAUCAGAAGAACGCUUGCGACCCAGAAGCGUUAGACAACGCCAGUCCCGAAAGUGACUCAGAUCUGCAUAUGGCGUUGCUGCUGUCUCAAAAAGAACAGGAGAGGGAGAGACAGCGAGAAGAAGAGGAACGAUUGAAGGAGGAGAAAAUGUUGGAGGAGAUACUACAGCUUUCUCUUAAAGAGAAGUGAAGUCCGAUUCUAGGAAAUUAAGUGAUAUAUUAAUUUAUGUUGAAUGUCGACGGUACCAGCUUUUUUAGCAGAUGCCUUUCGGGAUAGUUUCUUUUGUAUAUCUAAUCUGAGACGUAAGCAUAAUCAAAAUAAAAUGAAUGACUUGAA